AUGGCAAUCGAUCCCUUUACUUCAGCAAAUCCCGAAAUCGCACCAGCGUCAUUGUGGAAUCGCAAAGAUAUAGUGGAGUUCAAGAAUACUAUCAAAAAAGAAGGCAGUGAGGGAAUUAUCAAGGUCGGACAUGGUGAAACUGUUACGGUUCGAGUUCCCACUCAUGAGGAUGGAACAUGCCUAUUUUGGGAGUUCGCCACCGACUACUAUGACAUUGGCUUUGGUGUCUAUUUUGAGUGGACUAUUGCCGACAGUAAUCAGGUGUCGAUUCACGUGAGCGAGUCCGACGAUGAAGAUGAAUACGAUGAGGCAACUGCUGAAGGAGUCGAAGCUGGAGCUCCACCGCCAGCUCCAGCAGUGGGAGAUGUCGAAAGCGGUGGUCCACAGCGACGUAUUCGUGAUCCAAGCAAGCCCAAGCAAGACGAAAUCAUUCCCGUUUACAGGAGAGAUUGUCACGAAGAGGUAUACGCUGGAAGCCACAGUUAUCCUGGAAGAGGGGUGUAUCUUCUGAAAUUCGACAAUUCGUAUUCCCUUUGGCGAUCGAAGACUCUUUACUACCGUGUGUACUACAGUAAAUAA